AUGGGGCCGCAGCUCGCCGCAGUUGGCCCCGCCAUAAUCUCGCCGCGCUUCCGCACCACCCUUCCCUGCCGCACCCGGCCAAGGGGGCUCACCUCUUGGCGCCGCGCCGCGCUCCCCAAGGACGAGGAUUAUUACUUGAUCGAUGCGGAGGAGUCCAUUGGGGAUGGCUUCUCUUUCAGUGGAGGGAAGUACGGGGACGGACCAAGUAAGUCAGACGAGUGGUUUGCUCAAGGGAAAAUGGUAAACGCUUACCCAGUAUAUGGGGCCAAAGGGAAAGCAAAAGAUCCAUUCUUUGGCCUGACGAUGGGAUCAGGAUCUCAAUCUUCUGAUGACGUUUUCAGAUGGUUCUGUAUGGAGGCUGGGAGCUCUUCUAAUCCUAAAGUGCUUUUAAUUCACGGGUUGCCAUCGCAGGCAUACUCUUACCGCAAUGUGAUGCCUGUACUGUCAGACAAAUAUCAUGCCAUUGCUUUUGAUUGGCUCGGGUUUGGAUUUUCUGAUAAGCCUCAACCAAAAUAUGGUUUUGACUAUACUCUUGAUGAGUAUGCCUCAUCCUUGGAAUCUCUAGUCAAUGCUGUUGCUCCUGAUAAGCUCUCUAUUGUUGUUCAGGGCUACUUUGCUCCGAUUGCAGUCAAAUAUGCUAGUGAACAUCAAGACAAAUUGAAUCAUCUUGUACUAGUGAAUCCACCGAUAACUGAUAAACAUGUGAAUCUUCCAUCCACCUUGGCUUCAUUCAGCAACUUCUUGUUGGGCGAGAUAUUUUCUCAGGAUCCUCUCAGAGCUAGUGAUAAGGUAUUGACUAGUUGUGGUCCAUACUUGAUGAAGGAAGAAGAUGCUAUGGUGUAUAGAAGGCCAUACCUUGUCUCUGGUUCCUCUGGGUUUGCACUUAAUGCAAUAAGCAAAGCUAUGAAAAAGGACCUUCAGGCUUACAUUGAAUCCAUGAGAAGCAUAUUAAGAAGUAAUUCGUGGAAAACAAAGACAACAGUAUGCUGGGGCAUGAGAGAUCGUUGGCUCAGCUAUGAUGGGGUGGAAGAUUUUUUUGGAGGCCUAAACCAGAAGAUUGUAGAGCUGCCUAUGGCGGGGCACCAUGUGCAAGAGGACCGUGGUGAAGAAUUAGGCAAUAUAAUCAGAAGUAUACUGAGGUAA